AUGCCAUACAUGUUCAAUCCAUAUUUCAAUGCUUUUAAUAUGCCUCAAUAUCACUCAAACUUGCAUGGUGUCAACAAUAUGUGCAUGCCUCAAAUGCCUGUCAUUAAGAGUAAUGUUGAUAUCCCAGUUUCUCAAUCAAAACCAAAGAUUGAACCAUCUCAAUCUAAGGGAAAGACUGAGACUGAAGGGAAAGCUGUUAAGACUAACAAAUCUGGACCCAAAGCAAUUUGGGAUGAGAACACUCCCAAAUCAUGGCGCUUUUUUAGCUCCGAAGACAUGAUCCAAGGAUACAAACCUAAAAGUGCACGAAAGCGAAAAAAUUCAGCAGAGAAAGAAAACAUAUCUGGAAACUCCGCAAGAAGAUUUACAUAUCCUCUAUCUGCUUUGUCACCUACUGUUCUUGAGAGUAGUAGUUUAAAUAGCAAACCACUGGAAGAUGUCUCUCUUACAAGAAAUCCAUUGUCUAACAUAACUAAUGAAAAGGAGAGACAUUUUGUUCAACGCAGAAAACUAGAUUCACGAUCUAAUCAUACUAAUCUUGAGACGAGUAGUUUAAAUAGCCAACCACCGGAAGAUGUCUCUCUUACAAGAAUUCCACUGUCUAACAUAACUACUGAAAAGGAGAGCCCUUUCGUUCAAUGCAGAAAAUGGCUCUCAAGAGCUUCUAAAAAUAAUCUUGAAAGUACAACAAGGAAUUUGUUUGAUGAUAGCUUUGCUAAUCAAGAACCAAGCACCAAAUACUUUGCAGAUGAUGAUAUUGAGUGUUCAACAGUUCAGCAAAGCACCAAAUACUUUGCAGAUGAUGAUAUUGAGUGUUCAACAGUUCAGCACCCUGUUUUAUCGGAUGAUUCGGACAGUGAUUUCUCAUGUGGAGAAUCCAGUAGUGAUGAUGACUAUCCUUUUGGAAUGGAACCACAAUCUGAAAGUGAUGCAGAACAGAAUACAGCUUUUAAAACUUCAAGAGUCAUACCAAAGGAUUAUGCGAGCCUUGGUAGUCCUGAAUCAAUAUGUUCAAAAUGCAAUUCACGUCUAUGGAAAGAGGAACGGACCAACAAAAAUGUUACAAAAGGUGCUCCAGUUUUCUCAAUUUGCUGCAAGAAGGGUGAUGUAAAGCUUCCACCUUCUCCUCAAACUCCUGCCUACUUAAAGUAUUUGUACACUAACAAAGAUACAGCAGCUGAAUUUCAACGAAACAUAAGGCUCUACAAUGCCAUGUUUGCAUUUACUUCGAGUGGUGGCAAUGUUGAUCACUCUAUCAACAAUGGCCGUGGACCAUAUGUUUACAGACUCAAUGGCCAGAACCACCAUGUAUUUGGACAGUUAAUACCCGAUGAUGGACAAGCUCCCAAGUACUGUCAGCUAUACAUUUACGAUACAGCUAAUGAAGUGAAUAAUCGCCUCCGUUGGGUUAGUGUUGCUGACCAGCAAGCAGUUGAUACAGAUGUGGUUCAUGGAUUGAUACAAAUGUUGGAUCAGACCAAUGAAUUGGUGGCCAAGUUUCGGAUGGCACGUGAUCGAUUUGAAAAUUCAGACUUGGUUGAUUUGAAGGUAGAGCUCAAAGUAUGCAGAGCACAAAGUGGUAGAGAGAAUCAUAUUUCCUCUUCUGACGAGGUAGCGGGUAUAAUGGUUGGUAGCAGUGACUGUACUAUUGCUGACCGCGAUAUAAUAGUUGAGCAGAAAUUUGGUGGCUUGAAAAGAAUAUCAUAUAUUCACCCUAAACUCAUGGCUCUCCAAUACCCCCUACUUUUUCCCGACGGUGAGGAUGGUUAUCACAAUAGGAUACGGUUUCAGAGCGCAGAUAAAGAUUCAGACAAAGAACGUGACAUGAUAUCAAUGAAGGAUUAUUACUCCUACAAAUUCCAAGUGAGACAGAAUGAAGGAAUAACUCCUAGAUUAGGAGGGCGGCUUUUUCAACAGUAUAUGGUCGAUGCAUUCUCUACUAUGGAGCAGACUCGAUUGUGGUGGUUUCGUACACACCAAACCAUCCUCCGAAAUGAAUUGUACAGCCAUAUUUGUGAUUCUGUUAGGAAUGGAGAUGGGAACUCAUCCAAUGUAGGUAAAGGAGUCAUUUUGCCAGCUGGAUAUGUAGGUUCCAAGCGUUACAUGCAACAGAAUUUUCAGGAUGCACUGGCUGUCUGUCGUCACAUAGGACAUCCUGAUAUUUUUUUGACCAUGACUUGCAAUUCCAUGUGGGAUGAGAUUCAGAGGAUGAUGGCUUAUCUACCUGGCUGUCUUUCUGCAAACAGCCCCGAUAUAAUAUCCAGAGUGUUCCGGUUGAAGCUGGAAUAG